AUGGAGCCUGUGGGCGACGUCGAGUCGCACGACUCUUCCAGCUCUUCUGGGCUGGAGCGUCGACGACGACGAAGCUCAGCUUUGAUCCUCGUUGUGAUCCUGGUGAUUACCGUCGGGCUAUUUGGAGCUUUGACGUUGGUACCGGCAUUAAUGGCUUCAGGCCUGCUCGCAUAUUCGUUUGGGCUUCGACAUGCGUUCGAUGUGGAUCACAUCGCUGCAAUAGACAAUAUCACUCGCAAGCUGACGGUCAGGAACAGCAGCCCGCACACAGUGGGAAUGUUCUUUGCUCUUGGGCAUUCUCUUGUGGUUUUCCUUGCGUGCUGCGGCAUCCUGUUGACGAAGAGUUUCAUGAAGAACAUGCUCAGCACUUUCCAUGCAUAUGGCAGUGUUUUCGGACUUGCAAUCUCUGCAAGCUUCUUACUCGCACUCGGCAUUCUCAACUUGUGCACGGCUCGGCAACUGUGGAUGGAAUGGAAGGGUCAUGGUGGCGACCACAGCCAUCACGCGACUAUGGGUUUGUGGUUGAGAUGUUGUCCACGACUGUUCCAGGCAAUUUCGAAGCCGUGGCAUAUGUUGAUUGUCGGGUUCUUAUUCGGGCUAGGGUUUGACACUGCCACAGAGGUGGGGCUAUUGGGUGUCGUAGCCGUAUCGCAUGGCCUCGCUGCGCCCAUCUGUAUAUUGCUUCUGCCCUUGCUGUUCAUGUCCGGAAUGUGUCUUCUUGACACCCUGAAUGGCGUGAUGAUGGCAUGGAUCUAUCGCACCUCCGCGGAGGAUGACAAGAAAAAGAUCUACUUCAAUUUGUUCGUCACCGUGACCUCAGGCUUGGUAGCGAUUCUCGUUGGGCUGAUAGAGAUGCUGGGUUUUUUGGCUGAAAGGGCAAACCUGCAAAGCUGGUUCUUCCGGUGGAUCCAAUCUGCAAAUGAUCACUCUGAGCUUCUGGGAGCAGGCGUCGUGUUGAUAUUCUUGGCGGCGAUGGCAAUUGCGUUGUGCUGCUAUUGGAGGGUGUUCGGCCAAAGUCAAGAGCCUCUGCAAUCUUCCAUGUACAGACGAGAGCGGCCUGCCUCGCUGCUAAGCUGA